AUGGCCAUGCAGCCCAUUCCCGACCAGCACAGGGCCCUCGUCCUCGAGAACAGAGACACCGGCCUGGAGUUGAAGACUCUGCCGACGCCGCAGCCUGGACUAGGUAGCGCGAUUGUCCGAGUGGAGGCUACUUGCAUACUGCCCUACUAUCAGAAUGUCAUCCGCCAUUACCCCAUCCCGACGCCUCUUGUCGGCGGCUUCAGCGCCAUCGGGCGCAUCGCGGCGGUCGGCGUCGAUGCCGCGUCUCUAAAGCCGGGCCAGCUCGUGUACGUCGACAGUGUCGUACGCGCUCGCGACAAUCCCGACGCGUCGUUUCUGUCAGGCGUCAUCGAGGGGUUCACGGACGAGAGCAAGUACCUGAUGCGAAACGUGUGGCGAGACAGCUCCUUUGCAGAGUACAUGAAGGCCCCGCUGGAGAACUGCAUUCCGCUGAACGAGAAGCGCCUGUGCAAAGAGCUCAAGUACUCGGUCCCGGAGCUCAUGUAUAUGGCGUACCUGCUCAUCCCCUACGGCGGCCUGAGAGACAUCGGGCUCGAGCCGGGAGAGACCAUCGUCGUCUGCCCCGCGACGGGCGGAUACGGCGGCGCAGCUGUGCAGGUGGCCGUGUCGAUGGGCGCGAGAGUGAUAGCCAUGGGUCGCAGCAGCGAGAAGCUGGCCACGUUGAAGGAGCAUGUGCAACGGACAUGGCCGGGCGCCAGCUUUGACACGGCCGUCAUUGCCGGGGACGAGGCAAGCGAUCUUGACACUCUGCGAGCUUUCGGCACGAUUGACGCUGUGCUCGACUUGACGCCCUCGACGGCCUCCGCGUCGACGCACACCAGGAGCGCCAUCAGAGUUCUGCGACUCGGCGGCAGAAUCAGCCUAAUGGGUUCUACAAAAAACAUAGGGGCUCCCGAGAUCUUGACCAACAGCAUCACACUUAAAGGCAAAAUGAUGUACGAAAGGGCAGACAUUGCGCAAUUUGUGAAAAUGAUGGAAAGUGGCAUCUUUCCACGGGAUAAGGGAUUUGUCCAUGUCAAGACUUUCGCCCUCGAGGACUGGAAGCAAGGUCUCGACACUGCAGCUUACCAUGUGGGCAUCGGUAAAUGUGCCGUCUUUGUUCCACAGACUUGA